GCCAACGUGCCGCCCUGGGCCGUGCGCCACGCAGCAGCCCAGCCUGUGGUGGACGAGCAGGGCUGGGUGCGGACUGGCAAGGGCAAGAAGGGGCGACGCAAGGCCCGCGCGGCGGCCGCGGCGGCUGCAGCCCUUGGCAACGGCUCGGACGCUGGCUUCGCCGAGGGACGCGACAUCGAGUACCUCGAGGGCUUCCCCAGCGUGGGCGGAGGCCAUGCUGGGCUGGUGGAGGAGCAGCUGGCGGCCCUCCGAGCUCAGCGCGACGAGCUGGCCGCGUCCCUGGCCGCGGACAAGAAGACAGGAUUCUCGCGAGCUGCCAAGCUCCGCCGAGAGGCCAACUCCGCCAGCAAG